UGUUUCUGAGAGCGAGAGGAUGGCAAACAUGUAGAACUGACCGUGAUCAUUGCGAGGAGCCGCGCAGCGCGGGGAGGACGUUUUGCGAUGUGUGAAUGUUGUUGUUUUGAUGGAAGAAGCCUGAUAAAUUAAUGAACUUUGAAACAGCUUGGAGGCUCUUGGUUGACUACUUGCCAGCGGAUGCGCGCCGGAUCCAACUGACAGGAUGGAGUGAGACAUUUUACGCGCGGAGGUUGCCUCAAGGAUUGUCCUUUGUGGGAAUCAUUCCUGAGACAAACACAUCGGUGAGGAUGUAUCAAUGAAGAAUGUGAGCGCGCCUGACUCUCUCCAGACGGGGUGGAUGCAGCCCUCGGCGGUGUCAUGCGUCUUGCCCCGCAGCCAAGCGCGCAACCCUUGCGGCUCUUAGUUCUGCUCCUCCUCAACGUCGGAGGGAUCACAUCGCCGGUGCACCCCGGCUGCCCGGACAGGUGCGUGUGCGAUGACCAGUUGGUGGUUCAAUGCGCGGGGCAGCACCUGACCACCUUCCCGGUCAACUUGCCUCUGGCCACGCGGCAGCUCAUCAUCUCCAACAACCGUAUCGUGGAGCUUCCGCCGCUUGCGCUCAACUACCUCUCAGAUCUGGUGUACCUGGACUGCAGCAACAACUCCCUCACGGAAAUAUCCGAGUCCACGUUUGGGAAUCUACGGAAGCUGGCCUACCUGGAUCUCUCCUUCAACACCUUGUUGCGGAUCGAGGACCGGACGUUCGGGCCCUUGGCGAGCCUGGUGAUGCUGAGGAUGACCGACAACCCUGGGCUCUCGGAGAUCCACCAGGACGCCUUUGUGGAGAACGCCGCCCUGCAGGUGCUGGAUGUGAGUCGCAACAACCUUACAGUGGUGAACAUCACCUCCCUCAUCGCUCUGCCCGCCCUGCGCUCCGUGGGUCUCAGCGGGAACCCGUGGAGCUGCGAGUGCGAGAACGAGGACCUGUGCCUGUGGGUGCACCUGGAGGAUUCCAAGUUCCAAGAUGAGGGCCAGACGGUGUGUGGCUCACCCGCUGACAUGCAGGGCCGUCGUCUUGGUGAGGUGGGCAUCCAGCUACGGACGUUAUGUCACCAGACGCUGGGCUCCUGGGACUACCUUUUCUUUGUUGUCAUCGGCUUUGUCAUCUUUGCUGCUGGCACCGUGUCGGCCUGGGUGAUGGGCGUCAUUAUGGUGCUCUAUGAGCGCUACAUCAAGAAAAAAGACGAGCAGCUUGACCCGGAGGAAGAGGAAGAACUCGGUGACACGGGUCGUACCUCGCGGGUCAGGAGAGACCAUGGCAACGGGAAUUUGAAAAUGUCACAAACAGUUUAAAACACAUAUUCUCACUCUUCCCAUUUAGGAUUUCCCACAGUGCCUCGUGACUACUUCCAGGACUGGUCAAACUGAGUCUGUUUAACAGGCUCAGCUGUGAAAGAGAAAAGAGAGGAUUCAACAGAGAAGCAGAAUGUCAUUUUUCUCAUUUGGAGUGGGCUUUUCGGAUGAUGUAACAUACUUGGCUGCCAUUGUGGAGCUCUCUAGGCCCUGGUUAUUACUGACCACAUAUGCAAAUGUAUGACUGUCCUAUGUAGUAUUUAUUACUAUUUGUUAUUUUUUACUGGGAAAGAGCCUCUAAGCUGGUUAUUUUGGAAGCAGCUAGCUGGUCCGACUGUGACAGAAUGAUUUAGCUUUCUGCCAAGAGUCAGAGAAGAUUGGUACCACUCACCUUUCUGUCAUGUAUUGACUUUGGAUUGUAUUUAACUAUAUAAGUUUACCGGAUAAAGGCUUUUAGUCAUGAGAUAAUCUUAAUUAAUCUGAGAAAAGGACAAAGUAACCAUGCUAGUUAGCUAGCAGCCUUUUCAGACGGCCGUUGAACAGCAUCAGAGAAACACUGAGCUUGUUCAGAGAACUGUAAUCAAACCUGAUAUUUGUUUAUAGGUGAUUUUCAGAGGUGCUUGUUAGUUGUAUUUCGUUACCUUUAAACAGAGGCUAGGCUAGCUGUUUCCCCGUUUCACAACGUCAUGCUAAGCUAAGCUUAGGCUAUAGGAUCAAAUUGAAACAAAAAAUGGAAGUGGUAUCAAUCUAGUCUCUCAAGAAAGCCAAAACAUUUUUAAACAAUUCGUUGUACCUACCUUGGUCUAGCAACCAAUAAAAAAAGACUAGCUCUGAUAUUUUCAGCUACCUAAAAAAAAGAAUGUCCAUGUUGUACAAUUUCUUUCCACCCAAUGUAACAUAUUGGGUGGAAACACCUGACACUAAUUGUUUAUAGGACAGUCUGUUUCUACACCUUACUUUAAAACCGUAUACCGUAAAAAUAUUCAAAAGACUCUCCAGUGGACGCCGAUAAUGGCAACAACAGAAUUGUGACUUGACAACCCUUGUGAAAUUUAACGUGAUGUGGUCUUUCUAUUCAUAUGUUUGAGGAGAGGCAUUUGUGUUAGUGUAAUGAUGUACACACUGAUGUGUAUCAUGCAUGUUUGAUUGAGCUUCUGCAGAACUGAGCCUGUCCGUUGUUGGUCCAGUGGGCUGCAGUUUCAUACUGAUAGUUUACCUCCCUGAUCUACUCUGAAAAAAACCUGCAGUUGAAGCAUUUGUGUUGAAGAUCUGUUUGUGAAGUUGGGAGACAGCAUGAGCCAACUGCUGAGGUCUGGUUUGGCAGUGGGCCCCGCUAGAUGGCAAGUAAACAGGAAAGUGUGAUAAUUGAUUUCCACUUCAUUCUCUCUUUGUUGGCUGACUGGUUUGAGUGCAGUGUCCUCUCUGUUUCUGCAUGCACUGUUGAUGCACCAAAAAGCCUUACGAAUGUGUACAAGCUAAUUCAAUCAUUAAAGAACUGAACGGGAUACACGAUCUGAAGUGUUAGCAUUUGAGACUUAUUCUACUGUCUGUACCACUUCAUAUACCCUGACGCGACUGUUAUUAACUGUUAUAAAUGAAGGGGCAGGACGAGGAUUCUUUGUUUUACUGGGGGAACAAAUAGCUGCUCCAAUGUAUAUGUACUGUAUCAGUUGUCUCAGAAUAUAUUACCAUUAUACCUAAUUUAAGAACAACACUGAACUUAUAAGGUAUCUGAAAAGAAGCGUAUCCUUUCACAAUGUUUGAACCAGCUGUUUUCCCCGCAUUUGAUGUUGUGCACAUUUAUUUAUUUUUAAACAUAUAUUUAUUGGUUUUUUCAUGUUAAUACAACAACAUCCAACAAUUUAAACAUCCAAAACAUAUGGCAGUAAAGAAAAUAGUAACUAAAUGAUGAAUACAAUAAAAAUAAUAAAAAAUAAAUAAUAAUAAUAAAUAAAAAAGUAUUCAAAAUGUAGGUUACAGCUUGCACUCCCACAACACAUGAAAUCAUUUUCAUUAUCUCACUCCCCCAUUGCCUCCUCCAUAUCCCCCUCCCUCAACAGUUCCAGAAACAUCCUCCAAAUAUCGUAAAAUUCAGAAGCCCUCUUUCUAACAAUAUAGGUCAGUUUCUCAAGAGCCAAACUCGAUGUUAAGUUACGUAACCAGUGGAUAAAAGAGGAGCGACCAACAUUCUUCCAACAUAAUGCAAUACAGCGUUUGGCCUGCAAUAAACAAAGGUCAACCAUUUUUCUUUCCUUGCAAGAUAAAGAACAGUCAUCUGGAUAAAUACCUAAAAUACAUACCUUAGGGCAUAAAGGUAUAGGGGAAGUCGUGAUCCGAGAGAUAUACUUUAACACUGAGCUCCAACAUUUUUGAAUCUCUUCACAUUUCCAUAAACAGUGAUAUAAUGUACCCUGGUGAUUGUUGCACUUAUAACAUAGAUCAAGUAUAUUAGGAUCAAAUUUAUUUAAUUGUACAGGGGAGAUCUAUGUUCGCAUUAUCCAAUUAAAUUGUAUCAUUCUCAAUCGAGUGUUGAUGGUUUGAGUGUGUAUUUUUAAACAUAUUUCACUCCAUUCAAUGAGAGUAAUAUCUUCUUGUAGGUCUCGUAUCCAUUGCUGU